AUGAGGAAGAAAUUGUUAACCCAAGACAUUAUUCUACAGUGGGAUCUAUCUCGCAGGAAGAAUAUGAAUAUGAUGUGUUGCUUGCUUUGUUAUGAAAAUCAUGAUUCUCACAAUCACUUAUUUUUUGAGUGCAAGUACUCAUCGAAAAUAUGGAGUACGGUUAGACAAAAAGUGGGUAUGGAAGAUGUUGAUCCAAAGUGGGAUGAUGUGGUGGGAUGGCUUAUGAUGCGUGUUAACUCUAAAGCGGCCGGUAUGUAUGUCAGCAGGAUUUUAGUAGCGGCUACUGCUUAUUUUAUUUGGCAAGAAAGAAACACUAGAUUAUUCAAGAAUCAGCUGAGACCUCCGGAGUACCUGUGUCAAGUAAUAUUGGAUACGGUUCGGUAUAAACUCAUGGGAGUUCGGUUGAAGAGAACUGAUAGAGUGGCAAGGCUGUUGCAGGAAUGGGAUAUUCGUGAUGAUGGAUACGAAGGUGGCUGA